AUGAUGGAAGUGAAAGAAAAGGUUAAAUCCAGCUUUCUGUCAAGGCMUCAGAGGUUCAUUAGAGAACAGAAUAAAGAWUCCAAGAUCCACAGCAGACAGGUCGGAUCUAAAGCUCUAGAAAGAAUAGCAACCUGCACACCUAUCAAGAUGUGGGUAUCUGGUGUUACAGAAGCAGCUGAGAAACAUUUUCUUAAGUUUUACUUCACUGGAUCUUCGGGACUCCCAAACUUCCCUCAGUUUGAGGUUGUUGCUGAGGUUGACGGCUCUCUGAUCGGUUAUUGCAACCGGACAGAUUUUAGAUUAACACAUGACUGGGUGAAGAAAUUUUUGGAUGAUGAUGUAGAACUGGUCAAGAUGAAGUGUUCUCACGGUCUACCGAACGAAUGGAAGGCCAGGAUUUCUGAUUUGAAGAAAAGACUCAAACAACCUGAAGAUGUUUAUGUAGUCCAGUGGAUGCAUUCCUGUGACUGGGAUACAGAGACUGGAAAGGUCACUGGUUUUUUGCAGUUUGGCUUUAAUGGAGAAGACUUCAUUGCUCUGGACAUCGAGAGGAAUUUAUGGAUUGCUCUAAAACAACAAGCCAUCCCCACCAAACUGGCCUGGGACAAUGACAAAGCUAGAAUACACAAUAAUAGGAUAUUCACCUCUCAGAUUUGCCCUGAUUGGCUGAAGAGAUCUUUGGACUACGGGAGAAACUUUCUGAUGAGAACAGAGCUUCCCACACUGUCUCUUCUGCAGAGGUCUCCCUCUGAUCCAGUCAGCUGUCACGCUACAGGUUUCUAUCCUGAAAAAGCUCGGCUGUUCUGGAGGAAAGCUGGAGAGCAGAUUCAUCAGUUUAUGAAUUAUGAGGAGAUUCUUCCCAACAAUGAUGGGACUUUCCAGAUGAGCGCUGACCUGGAUGUUUCCUCAGUCAGUGCUGCAGACUGGUGGAGAUAUGACUGUGUUUUCCAGCUUCUUGACACUGAAGACAAAAUUAUCCUCAGACUGGAUCAAGCAGUGAUUAAAACCAACAAGAUGAAUCCUAGUAAAAUUGCCAUCUUCACCACCAUCAUUGGAAUGUUUCUUUGUGCUUUAAUUGCCUUGGUUAUCACAUCCAUUAAAAGGAAAAAGGACAACAAAUACUAUGAUAUCUCUAAGAACCCUGAUAUCUCUGAGAACCCCGAGAACUCUGAUAUCUCUGAGAACCCUGAGAACAAGUGA